UUAGGGUGGAUAAAUUGUAUUUCUAAUGUUUGAUGAGGUAUAUUAUUAAUAAGUGAAACCCGCAAUAAACUGGCGACCCGGCCUAAUAUCACUGUAGAGAAGACAUAAUUGAUCCAGCCCCCUUGGUGAGAUUCUUAAUAUCGAUAUUACUAUGUCUGAGAUUAUAAUUCAAGAAGUCCAAAUUGUCCCUUGCUUCAUUUCAGAUUCAACCCUCCUGUCCUAGGGUUCUUCCCUAAAAGCUCGCAGGUAAGAGGGUGAGACUCCCAAAUCUUCACCAUUCCUCAAAUCAAGCAGAUCUGGAGUUCUUAAGGUUCAACAGCUUGUGAUUUCUUGGAGUUUUUCACCGCCACCGUUAGCGAAUAACAUCGAGCCACUUGUUUUCAAUUUGUUGGACUAGAAUUGAAAUGCCGACUAACGACGUUACCACAGUAUGCAUUUACUUGUUGAUGGAAGAAAUUUUCCUUCAACACUUAAUUCUCAUGGUUGUUGCUUAUCGUGUCAUGCUUAAGAUGAGAUCCCGUAAACGAAAAAGAGCUUGUAAUGCAACAGCUUUUGGGAUGAUAGAACGCAUUCCCGAUCAGAUUACUCACAUGAAUAGGCUUGUAGGUGUUAGUGAUUUUGAUUGCCUAGCAAACUUGCGAAUGGAUCGCAAUACAUUUGGUAGAUUAUGCAUUUUGUUGCGUGAUAUGGGGGGGUUAACUAAUGGGAGAUACAUUGAGGUUGAGGAGCAAGUUGCAAUGUUUCUGUCUGUCCUAGCACACCAUAAAAAAAAUCGGGUUGUUAAGUUUGAUUUCUGGAGGUCCGGUCAAACUGUUUCCAAGUUUGUACACUUGGUUCUUAAGGCAAUAUUGAAAUUGCACACCAUUUUACUUGUGAAACCAGCUCCUGUCCCAGAUGAUAGUACAGACAACAGGUGGUGUUGGUUCAAGGGUUGUUUGGGUGCUCUUGAUGGUAGUUACAUUAAUUUAAUGGUCAGUAACGUUGACAAGCCGAGAUACCGCACCCGUAAAGGGCAGAUUGCAACAAAUACCCUUGCCGUUUGUGACCGUAAUAUGCAGUUUGUCUACGUGUUACCCGGAUGGGAAGGCUCAGCCGCGGAUUCGAGGAUUUUGCGCGACGCCCUGCAACGUGCAAAUGGAUUUAGGGUGCCCAAAGGAAACUACUAUCUAUGCGACAAUGGGUAUGCGAACAGCGAGGGUUUCCUUGCACCAUAUAAAGGGAUACGCUACCACUUGAAGGAAUGGGGACCGGCAGCAAAUAGGCCUCAAAAUGCAAUGGAGCUGUUCAAUUUGCGCCAUUCGAAGGCCCGCAAUGUUAUUGAGCGAGCGUUUGGGAUCAUGAAAAUGCGCUGGGGCAUUUUGAGGAGCAGCACCUUUUACCCCGUUAAGACCCAAAUUCGGCUAAUUAUGGCGUGCUUCAUAUUGAAUAAUUUUAUCCGAUCUGAGAUGCCCGAUGAUCCUAUAGAGCGAGAGUUUGAUACCGCACCUGGAAAUGAUCAGGCAGGAGUAGAGAUCGAUGGUGAUUUCAUUGAUGGUAUCGAAUCUUCUCCCCAAUGGAAUGCAGAACGAGAUGCCCUUGCCCAAGCGAUGUGGUUGCCCUAUAUCACCAAUAAUUGAUGUUGCUCUUGUCAAGAAGUGGCUGUUAUUUUAGACUUCAAUUAUUUUGUGUUGGAAAACAUUAAUGCGUCCAAUGUAGUGUAGUAGUUAAUUAACCUUUUUCUAUUCUUGGCAUUGCUUGAUUAUU